AUGACCUACACAAACCAGGAAAUCUGCUUAACUAGCCACUCCUCGUCUUCAAAAACUGACGGCAUCGAGACUGGUGACCUUCUUUGCAAAGUAAAUAUGUCUACAAAGGUUUCUAAGUUAGGAAAUGGUAUAUCUGUGGCAUCUUUGGAGAAUUACUCUCCUAUAUCGUCAUAGCAUGUGUCUAUUGUGGUUAAAGCUGGCUCCAGGUAUGAAUCAAGAGAUAACUUAGGAGUUAGUCACCUCUUGAGAAAUAUAGCUGGAAUGGGAACAAAGGAGAGCACAGCAUUUGGCUUGACUAGAACCAUGCAACAAUCUGGUGUCAAUUACACCUGUUCAACCUCACGAGAAUUUAUUACUUAUCAAAUUGAUUGUCUUCGUGAUGAACUUGAUAAUGUGAUAGGAAUGGUGAAAAAUGCAAUGACCAUACGAGCUUUCAAACCAUGGGAGAUAAAAGAGACUGCUGCCAGUAUGACACUUGACAAGGCUAUCCUGAAGACACAACUUCCUCUUCAGGUGUUUGAGUUACUUCACUAUGCAGCUUUUAGGAAUACUUUGGGUAACUCCAUUUAUGUAUCUGACAGCAUGAUUGGCAAGUUUUCUUCUAAGAUUUUGCAUCAGUAUGUAGCAGAUUACUGGCAAUUGUUGACAUUGGAGUUGACCAUGAACAUCUUCAAUACUUGGUUGACCAGUUCCAGUGCAGUCCCUCGUCUGGCUUUUCUGAUGCAAAGGCAAAAUAUUAUGGCGGUGAAAUUCGAGUGGAGGCUGAGAAUUAUAUGGCAACUGCUACUGUACUUAUUUUAUUGA